CUCAGGAAGCUCUUCACCGAUCUUGUUUGAUCUUUAAGUAUUCACCAAAACCUAAGGGUAAACAAGCAUGGGCUUCGCAAGCUUCACCGACGAGUACACUUCCCCUAUUGCUCCAUCAAGGCUCUUCAAGGCCUCCAUGGUCGACUCUCACAGCUUGAUUCCAAAGCUCUUGCCCCAAGGUAUCAAGAGCAUCGAACAUAUUCAAGGUGAUGGAGGAGCCGGAAGCAUCAAGCAAAUCAACUUCAUUGAUGGUCGCGCUUUUAAUAGUGUGAAGUACCACAUUGACGAGCUGAGUGAAGACAAGUUCACAUACAACUAUACGCUGUUGGAAGGCGACGCCUUGGUGGAAAAUCUUGAAAAAAUAACUUACGAGGUCAAGUUUGAGUUGUCUCCUAGUGGCGGUACCAUCUCUAAGGUUACAAGCAAGUAUUACACUAAAGGAGAAUUCAUGCUUAAGGAAGAGGACAUCAAGGCGGGCAAGGAAAAGGUUCUGUCCAUGUACAAAGUUGUUGAAGCCUACCUCAUCCAAAACCCUGAUGCCUAUGUCUAGAGGUUUUGUUUUCUCAAUAAUUGUUCUAUCCUCUCCAAUAGGUUCAUAAACAGACAUAUGGUCUGUCUUGUUGUUUUCAGUUUGAUUUGUACUUGUUUGUUCCUGGAAUAAGGAGAGUCUGGUUCUUAUUACUCUUGAUCGUAUACAGUUGUUAAUUGCUGUUAGUGUUCA